UUCAUACACCAGAACAGUUAAGACUAGAUAUAAAGUUGUUUUCUUUCGACACGAAUGAGGCCAAUUGUACAAGAGCUGACUUCAUAAACUAAUGCGUUUUUUAUUCAUUUAAUUUCGUAUGUUUCGUAACCUAAACAGAGACUUCGGCUCGACAGGACAAUGGAAAAGGCUCUAUGAAAUCUAGAAAAUAUAGAAAAAUAUUUUUAUCGUCCAAGACGUGAAGUGGUUAGACAUCAUGUCAGAUGUUGAAGCUAAGGAAGAGUUUGGGAACAGUUCAGGAGUUAGCAGAGAAGAAACGGAGGCUGAAAUGACCGGGCAGUCUCAAGUCCACACUGCAACCAGAGACACACUUUUCUCAAAGAAGAUAACUCAUACUAGAACACAUGCAUUGUCACUAGAAUGGGUGUUCGGGAUGAAUCCUGCUCUUCCUGCCUUCAGUCUGCAAGACCACGAUCAGCUGGUGGUCCUCUAUGCUGGAGCUCAUGUUGGGGUCAUCUACAAUCACACCUCCAACUCCCAGCACAUACUUCAGGGUCACUGCCACACCAUCUCAUGUAUGUGUGUGAGUGAAGACAGACGCUGGAUUGCAACAGCAGACCAGGGGCUGAAAAGUACAGUGAUGAUAUGGGACUCCUACUCUGGCAUUCCUGUACAUACAUUGUUUGAUUGCAACCCUGAGGUGGGUGUCAUUGCAAUGGCAUUCUCAAGAGACUCAAAACAUCUGGUAACCCUUGGGGCUCAGGAAAUUCAAUGUGUGUCUAUUUGGGAUUGGACACAUGAAACAGAUAAGCCUAUGUGGUUUACUGAACUCAAUCCUAAACAUGGUUUCCAAGACUACAUUCUUUUUAAUCCAAAUGAUAGCACUCAGCUGCUCAGCAGCAGUGAAAGCCAGGUGUUAUUUUACAGCAGGUUCAAUGAUACCGCCACCCCUGGAUCUGAUGCUGCUGUAUUCACUCAGCCUCCUCCUGACACUUCUCAAACUGGCUACAUGGCCGGCGGGUCACUGAGCCAGUCUGUGUUUCACUGGAGAAAGCCUCAGAUCCUAACAGCGACUGCAUCAGGCUGCCUUGUGUUGUGGGAUGUGGUGGGCAAAUUAUCUGCAAACCAAAGCCUCCCCAAAGAUAGAGUCAGGGUCAUUACCCUUCAGAACCAUCCGAUCACUGCUCUCACCUUGACUGACAGCUGUAUCGUGAUUGGUGACACUCGAGGCGACAUCACGUUUUAUGAUGAAGAAUUCAAAAUACUCACUACGUACAGUAAAUUCAACCUGGAUGCUAUUGUUUCCAUUUCCUUUUCCAAAGAGUGUACAGAGGGAUACCUGGAGGACUUCUCUCUGGAGGAAAAACCAUUAAUCAUCAGAAAUUUCGUUGUGUCCACAGUCAGUUCCACCGUGGUCCAUGUAAAUACACAGAAUGGCAUCGCUCACGUCCUGCUACAUGAGGAAUGUGAGCCUAUACAUGCAGUGGCCUGCCACCCCAAACAGCCAACUGUGGCCAUUGGCAAUCAAAAGGGUGUUUUAAAAGUGUGGGACUAUAACAACAAAGGGAUCAUCUGCAGCAGGGACUUCAAGACAGAGAAGCAGAUUCAGUGUGUCACUUUUGACCCUGAAGGACUAUACCUGGCAGUUGGCUUUGGCAGUGGAGCGGUUCACAUACUGCAUCCCAGCACUUUACAGAGUCAUCCAGAGGAGUGUUUCCAUUACACUAAAGACGGCAUCCAUCACAUCACUUUCUCCUCAGACUCAAAGUAUCUUGCCACUGCGGAUGAUGGAAAUGCGGUAACGGUUUUCCGCUUACAGACUAAUAAAGGCUCUGUGCCUCGUUGGACAUAUAUGGGCAGAUACCACUCCCACUACAAGCCCAUCAAAGACCUUCUUUUUGGGGUUCACCUGGACAGCACCCAACCCAGACUGCUCUCUCUGGGAAUGGACCGCCGACUGGUGGAGUAUGACCUGGAAAAUAGUGAUGUGAAUAAGCUUCUCAUCCUGAGCUCAGAGCGCAUUGAGCAAAGCGACAUGCCAAUGGGCAUGACUUGGUAUCCUCCUGUCACUGCAGAGCAAUUUCUUCUUGUUUCCUCAGACCAAUACAAGAUUAAGCUUUUCAACAGCACAACCAAGAUGUGCAGAAAAACUCUCCUUGGCCCAACGUAUGGCUCUCCCAUUAAGAAAACAGUGGUCCUUCCCAUGUGUAAAGAACCUGAAACAAACUCAUAUUAUAUGGCAUACAUCACAGAGGACAAGGUGGGUCUCCAGAUUUUGCCUCUGGAUGGGAACCCCUUCAAGUCCAAUGCUGUGAUCUGCCAUCCGACAGGCGUGUCUACUUUUGCCUGCUCCUACGAUGGCCUGUUUGUUUUCACUGCAGGAGGGUCUGACUGCACUGUCCUGUCGUGGGGGAUCAGCUUAAACGCUUUGGAGGCAGCAGCUUCCUUGGGAGGAAAGGACUUGGUGCCCUUUUACGCUCUUUUAGAGGGAGGCAGAGAUGGCAGGUUCUACAGGGAGAUGGAGAACCUUUUCUAUUACUGCCAAGUCCGCCAUCAAGGCGCUGACUCAAUGGAGAAACGACAGUUGUCUACCAAAAUCCCCCUGUCAGAGGUUCCGUCUCUAAUGAGAGCUUUGGCUUACUUCCCCACUGAGCAAGAGAUAGAACAUAUGCAUAACGAGGUCAAGUUCAGCAAGUAUGCAGAAACAGGAAAAUAUGUGACCGACAUUGACCUGGAGGAGUUUAUUAAGCUGUAUGUCAACCACCGGCCAGCGUUAGGCAUCUCUAGCAAUGAGCUUGUUCAAGCUUUUCGCAUCCUUGGUGACAAUGGAUUAUCUCGUGAUAAUACAGGACAGCCUGUUCUGCAGAGAGAUGAACUGCUCAAGCUUCUACAAGCUCGAGGAGAACACAUGACAGAGGAAGAGGUGGCAGAGUGUUUCACUACACUUUUAGGCCUCAAUGAAGAAGAAGAAGAAGAAGAAGAAGAAGAAGAAGAAGAAGAAGAAGAAGAAGCGGGAGGAGAGGAACGUUCUGAAGAUGACAUUUAUAAAUCUGACACUGGAGAUUCAGAAUAUUCACUGCAGAUCCCAGAUGAGAUAUCCAUGGAGACAUUUACAGUUCACAUCCUGGGCUUCCCGUCCUCAGCAGAGCAGAGUGGCAGGUCUUUCCCUCCAGAGUGAUGGAAGCAAGAAACCGUUUGCUUGUCUAAGAGAAGUUGUGUUGAUAAGUGAUUAUUAUGUAAGUAAGUAAAAAUGUGUGUGCUUAGGAAUGGAACCUUAAGGUAUAAAACCUAUAUGAUAUAUUAAAAGUAAGAAAAAUACAAAGUACAUUUUGUCUAGCUUUAUUCUGGGUUGUAAAGUUCUACAAUUUUAAAACACACAUAGAAUAUCGAUUUAAAUAAUUGUCUAUUAUUGUGAUUUGGAAUAGAGGAAAGUGUGUUGUUAAAAUGUGCUGCCAUGAUAUUUUAAGUGCUCAAUUUAAAAAAAGACGCAAGACUUUAAAAAAAGUAGCUAAAGCAGAACAAGUAUUACUUGUACUUAUCUACAUGGUUUAUUUACAUUGUGGAAAUGCAUUAAUAAAU